AUGUCAAUACUGUUGGCACGGCAAAGCGUCACUUCGAGAUAUCCCCUAACGCCUGCUGCGAGUAUAAACACACUCAAUCACCACCUCGUUAUACAAUGGAUUAGAGAUUAUUCAAACCACCAGCCGCGUAAAUUAGAGGUGUUGCACGAUAACUACUGGCCAAAGUUAGUUAAGAAUCCUAGCCCAUUCCAAAUAUUCAAUAUCACAAAUAAAAACUCCAUAGAUAAAAAAGAACUCAAGAAGAAAUAUCAUUUCUUUGUAAAGUUGUACCAUCCUGAUAACAAUGGGAAAUUUAACGUUUCAACUCAUGACUGUGCAACAAACAAGUUUCUGACCAACGACCAGAAGUUGAAAAGGUUUAAAAUCAUCACAGAUGCAUACACUAAGUUGACAAGUGACAGAGUCAUAGACACAUCGGAAUCGUACGAUAUGAACAGGUAUAACCACCAAAAUUGGAACACACGAUACCAUCAUGCUUACUAUAAUUCAGAAGACUGGGGGGACAUAAAUGGUAUAUCGAAGAAGGAUCACACUUCAAAUGAAGAGUUCAAUAUUUUAACAUUUUUUAGUUGUAUGUUGGGUUUAAUAAUGUGCAUUAAAUGUUUAGCACUUUUAAAUGAACUGGAGGCAACAUUAAACAAACCAAUUCAACUAGCUCCACAUAAAUCGAUGGAAGAGAACUUAAUAAGUGCGUAUACAAACUAUGGGUUGGAUAAAGACAAACAAUCAAGAUAUAAAAGGUUCUUAUGGUUCAGAACAUAUAAUAUUUUCUUAAACAAGCAAUCAGGGUUCUCGAGGGAACAAUUUCAAGAAGAGAUGAAAAAAAAUGAUAUAUUACUAACAGAACUAGACAAUAAAUCAAAUUCCAAGUCAAAUCCACCACCUUGA